AAUAAAAAGAGCUGUACAGAUGCAUGCAGGGAAUUCACCGUAUUCAUUUUUCACAACUUAUCAUAAAUGAAGAUGAUUUUUACAAACACAUUGUAUGCAUGUUCAUAUAGAACAGAGGCUGCAGGACAGACAGACAGAGAGAGAGAGACGUUCUGCACUGACAACAUGUUUCAUAAAGUAAAUCCUCCUCAAACUUUCUAACUUUUUGGGGGUUCAUUGGAGCCGUGCGCGCCGCCGCUCCGUGUCCACUGUGCGCCGUUAAACACAGCACACAUAAGGCUUUUUUUUCCUGGCUGACAGCGCAGGAUCAUAUAGCAGCGAUGAUCUCCUGUUGUGUUGUCUUGCGUUGUAUGUGGGCUGGCUGAGUGACGCGCCAGUACGAGUCGGACUAUGCGCUGCAAUAAAGAGGCAGCGGCAGCUGAGAGCAGCAGAACAGUGGAGAGGAGAGGAGAGGAGUCCCGACACCGCAGCCACACCAUCACGACGCAUUACACCGCGCAGUCACACACACCGCACCUCACCGCAGAACGCCACGCACCGCCGUGCCUGCUCACGCCUGCAGCCACAGUGCCUUGAAACUCACUCAGGAGGAAACCAGCAGCAGCGCAGGAGGAACAUGCUGCCGUCUCAUUAACUCAUCCACGCCGAUAAACAAAGGCCGGUCAACGGGCUCCAACACCCUGAACCUCCGGCGGGACCCCCGAGCUGCAGAGGGAGAAUUAAAAAAAAUAUUUUAUUGCAGAAGUCCUGUUGGAUUUUGUGAAGCAGCCAUGGGCAGCAAGACUCUGCCAGCACCAGUCCCCCUCCACCCGUCCCUCCAGCUGGCCAACUACUCUCUGCUCCAGAGCUCCACAGGCCUCCAGCUGCCAGCAGAUCAUUUUCACAGCAUCUACAGCUUCAGCGCCCUACAUGCCAUCCACCUUCAUCAGUGGACCCUUGGCUACCCACCUUUGGCCCUGCCCCGCUGCACCAUCUCCAAGCUGCCUGGCCAGUUCUCCUCCAUGGCCUCUAUACCCAUAUUCCCUCACCUCCUGCAGCCCAAGCAGGACUCGGCGGGGCUGCUGCAGAUCUCUAAAAACAAGCCCCGCUUUGACUUUGCCAAUCUGGCAGCAGCAGCCACCCAGGAGGACCAUCUGAAGGCGGAGGACCUGAGCAUGGCGGGCGCUGCUGCCGCUGCACAGGCAUCGUCUCACCACCCGACCUCAGGUGGCCUGGGAUGUCUCCUGGAUGUGACGAAACUGUCCUCCCCGGAGCGCAAGUCCAGCCGAGGUCGACUGCCCUCUAAAACCAAGAAAGAGUUUGUCUGCAAGUUCUGCGGCCGCCAUUUUACCAAAUCCUACAACCUUUUGAUCCACGAGAGGACGCACACGGACGAGAGGCCAUAUACCUGUGAUAUCUGCCACAAAGCCUUCAGAAGACAGGACCACCUCCGGGACCACAGGUACAUUCAUUCCAAAGAAAAGCCCUUCAAGUGUCAGGAGUGUGGGAAGGGCUUCUGUCAGUCCAGAACUCUGGCUGUCCAUAAAACAUUACACAUGCAGGUCAAGGAACUGAAGCCAGCCAAGAUCAAGUGAUUGACUCUGCCAGCAGGGAAGGGACGGGGACACUGGAAAAACAAGACCAAAGACAACAACAGUCAAAGAACAACCAAAGACUUUUUCAUCUCAGCUGUCGGAGGUUGAGCCCUCUGCUUCGAUGGGAAUACUCUUUUUUUCAAGGAUGAAAUAUUUCACCAGCCAGUUCUUAAAGAAAUAAUGCAGAAAUAUGCCUUAGUGGAGAAGUGUAAGCUUAGUUGUCAAAGCCUGACUUGGCAAAGAACCCAGUGGAUGUGUGGAAUGUGAAAAGGAUUUUAAGAAAAAAAAAAAAAAAAAACCCUUGUGGCUGCUCAGUGCGAAUACUUAGCUCAGAAGCUUAUAAUCCAAAGACUUUAUGAAAGGGACAUGACUCUUAUGCAAUUAUUUUUUUUUUUUUACAAAAACUGAGAAUGAUCCAAGCCAUGUUAGCAUAGACACAUUUUCCUCCUUUCAAUAUCACAUUCCAAUGUUAUUUUUGUACAGAUACAUUAUAUCAAGAAAAUGUAUUUUUGCACUUUAACCUGAUUAUUGAUUAUUUACAUAUAUCACUGGAUUUCUUAAACUUAUUUUCAAAAUGAAUAAUCAUUUCUAA